AUGCCUCCUAAAUUCAAUCCUCAGAACUCAGGUUCUUUCAUCCCAGGUGGUGCUGCGUUCGACCCAAACCAACAGUUCAACAACCAAUUUGGUGGGUAUCAAGCCUAUGGUCAAUAUCAAGGUGGUUAUCAAAAUCAAAGAGGUGGUUAUCAAAAUGGUGGUUAUGGUAUGCAAAGAAAAGCUAUGAGUUACGAUCAAUACGUUAACCAAGCUCCUGCUGGUCUAAAUAGAGCUCCUCGUCAAAAUCCUCGUCAACAACAACAAUUUCAACCUCAACAACAAGAUAGUAAUCCAAGUUCUUAUGCAUCAACUCCUGCUGGAUCAAAUUUGAAUUCUCCUUCACAAUCAACAACUUCAUUAUCUUCAUUAAAUCAAACUUUAGAUAAAUUAGACUUAAGUCCAAUCUCAUCAAGUUUAAAUAAUUUAAAAGAAUCCAAAACAAUUUCUGAUGUUAAAGUUCAAAUCAAUAGUAUAGUGGAUUUAAUUAAUGAAAAUGGUAUUGAAUCAAUUGAAUCUUGGAAAAUUGAUGAAAUUUUAUCAAAAUUAAUUAAACCUAAAAAUCCUGCUUUAAUUAGAGAAGGUGGUUAUUUAUUAAUUUCUUCAAUUGUUAGAAAAUUUGCUGGUCAAACUCCAAAUGAAUCUCAUUUCUUACCUUUAUUAUCUAUUGCAUUAGAUGGGCUAGCUGAUAAGGAAAAUAACGUCAAAAGAGCUUCCCAAGCUGCUAUUGAUUCUAUUUAUGGUUCUUAUCCAGUUGAAGCUUUAUCUUCAGUUGUCUUGGUGGAAAUUUUAAAAUAUUUAACAAGUUCUGCUAAAUGGCAAUCCAAAAUCGGUGCUUUGAAAAUUGUUGAUAAAAUUGUUGAAGAUUCUCCAAGUGAUUUAAUUGAACUAAAAUUUAAAGAAGCUGUUCCAGUAUUAACUGAUAUGUCUGUUGAUUUUAAACCUGAAUUAGCUAAAAUUGGUUUAAAAACUACAAAUAAUUUUGUUAAAGUUUUAGAUAAUUUAGAUUUACAACCUCGUUUUGAUAUGAUUAUUUCCACUUUAGCUGAUCCAAAUAAAGUUCCUGAUUGUAUUAAAUCAUUAUCUUCAGUUACAUUUGUUGCUGAAGUUACAGAACCUGCAUUAUCUUUAUUAGUUCCAAUCUUGGUUAGAUCAUUAAAUUUAACUUCUUCAUCUCAGGAACAAUUACGUCAAACUGUUAUUGUUGUGGAAAAUUUAACAAGAUUAGUUAAUAAUAAAUUUGAAAUUGAAAGUUUUAUCCCAUUAUUAAUGCCUGGUGUUCAAAAAGUUGUUGAUACUGCUGCAUUACCAGAAGUUAGAGAAUUAGCUGAAAAAGCUUUAAAAGUUUUGAAAGAUGAUUCUAUUGAUGAUGGUAAAUUUAGUGGUAGAUUACAUUUUGAUGAAGGUAAAAAAUAUUUAACAAGAGAUUUAAUUCCAAAAAUUGAUGAUAUUUCGUAUAAUUAUCUUGUUUCUUUAAUUGUUGCAGAUGCUAAUGUUAAUGAUUGGAAAAGAUUAGAAGAAUAUUUAAAUUUAUCAUUACCACAAUUUAUUUCAAAUGAAUCCGAAGUUCAAGCUUUAUCAACAAAAUUAGUUACUGAUUUAAGAACUUUAUUCACACCAGAUGCUGUAAUUUCAAAUGAAGAUGAUGGUAUUGAAAUUGUUAAUUCAGAUUUCUCAUUAGCUUAUGGUGGUCGUAUGUUAUUAAACAAGACCAAUUUAAGAUUAUUAAAAGGUCAUAGAUAUGGUUUAUGUGGUCGUAAUGGUGCUGGUAAAUCUACUUUAAUGAGAGCUAUUGCAAAUGGUCAAUUAGAAGGUUUCCCUGAUAAAUCUGAAUUAAGAACUUGUUUUGUUGAACAUAAAUUACAAGGUUCAGAAGCUGAUAUGGAUUUAGUUGCAUUUAUUGCUUCAGAUCCAGAAUUAGAAGCUGUUUCAAGAGAUGAAAUUUCAAAAGCUUUAGAAGAAGUUGGUUUUGAUCAAGAAAGAAGAGAACAACAUGUUGGUUCAUUAUCAGGUGGUUGGAAAAUGAAAUUAGAAUUAGCAAGAGCAAUGUUGAUGAAAGCUGAUGUCUUAUUAUUAGACGAACCUACAAAUCAUUUGGAUGUUGGUAAUGUUAAAUGGUUACAAGAUUAUCUUGUUGAACAUGAUGAAAUUACUUCAUUAAUUGUUUCACAUGAUUCAGGUUUCUUGGAUACUGUUUGUACUGAUAUUAUUCAUUAUGAAAAUAAAAAAUUAGCUUAUUAUAAAGGUAAUUUAUCAGAAUUUGUUAAAGUUAAACCUGAAGGUAAAUCAUAUUAUACUUUAACUGAUUCAAAUGUUAAAAUGGCUUUCCCACCACCAGGUAUUUUAACUGGUGUUAAAUCAAAUACAAGAGCUGUGGCAAGAAUGGCUGAUGUUACAUUUGCUUAUCCAGGUGCAGCUAAACCUUCAUUAAGUGAUGUUUCAUGUUCAUUAUCUUUAAGUUCAAGAGUAGCAAUUUUAGGUCCAAAUGGUGCAGGUAAAUCAACUUUAAUUAAAUUAUUAACUGGUGAAUUAAUUCCAAAUGAAGGUAAAGUGGAAAAACAUCCAAAUUUACGUAUUGGUUAUAUUGCUCAACAUGCUUUACAACAUGUUGAACAACAUAAAGAAAAAACUGCAAAUCAAUAUUUACAAUGGAGAUAUAGAUUUGGUGAUGAUCGUGAAGUUUUAUUAAAAGAAUCAAGAAAAGUUUCUGAUGAAGAAAAAGCUUUAAUGGAAAAAGAAAUUGAUAUUCAAGAUGGUAGAGGUCCAAGACAAUUAGAAGCAAUUGUUGGUAGACAAAAAUUAAAAAAAUCUUUCCAAUAUGAAGUUAAAUGGAAAUUUUGGUUACCAAAAUAUAAUAGUUGGGUACCAAAAGAAUUAUUAAUUGAACAUGGUUUUGAUAAAUUAGUUCAAAAAUUUGAUGAUCAUGAAGCUUCAAGAGAAGGUUUAGGAUAUAGACAAUUGAUCCCAUCAGUUAUUCGUGAACAUUUUGAAGGUGUUGGAUUAGAUGGUGAUAUUGCAGAUCAUACUCCAAUGGGAUCAUUAUCAGGUGGUCAAUUAGUUAAAGUUGUUAUUGCAGGUGCUAUGUGGAAUAAUCCUCAUUUAUUAGUUUUAGAUGAACCUACCAAUUAUCUUGAUAGAGAUUCUUUAGGUGGGUUAGCUGUUGCAAUUAGAGAUUGGUCAGGUGGUGUUGUUAUGAUUUCACAUAAUAAUGAAUUUGUUGGUGCUUUAUGUCCAGAACAAUGGAUUGUGGAAAAUGGUACAAUGGUUCGUAAAGGUUUUAAUGCAAUUGAUGGAUCAAGUUUUGAAGAUAAUGGUGGUGCAGGUGCUUCAUCAAAAGAAGGUUCACCAGCUCCUACAAAGAAAGCAGGUGAUGAUGAUUCACCAGCUAAUAUUAAAGUUCGUAUUAGAAAGAAGAAGAUGACUAGAAAUGAUAAGAAAUUAAGAGAUGAACGUCGUCGUUUAAGACAUAUUGAAUGGUUAAGUAGUCCAAAAGGUACACCAAAACCAGUUGAUACAGAUGAUGAGGAAUAG